AUGUCGACCCCCGCCCAACUAGCCGCGGAAAUGGAGGCCCUAUUGGCCUAUGAAACAUCCUCAAAUGAUGAGUUCUAUGAGUGCAACUCCGACGCGGAGGGCGCGGAGGGCGCGGCGGGCGCGGCGGCGCAGGAAGAUGCCCCGGAGGCUCUCGACGGCGCGCAACCUAGUGAAGAGGCCGCGGAGGCGCAGGAACAGGGCCAUGCUAUCCCAUUUGCGCUCCCGCCUCGUGAAGAGGCCGCGGAACAGGGCCCUGUGAUUCCAUUUGCGCUCCCGCCUAGUGACACUAUGUUUCACUCACUUGAGGAGGCCUGGGAGUUCCUUGAUAGGUGGACAGGGCCUCGUGGAUAUGGCCUUCGCAUUCAUCGACGAGGUCGUCUCCAUGUCAACGGCGAAAUCAAUCAAAUCUAUCUAGUCUGUGAUCGCGCCAACCCGCGGAACAGAAAAAAAAGCGCCAGUCAUGUUGUUCAUCGAUAUAAGGGCACCUUGACUCGGAAUUGUCACUUUCGAAUGGUGCUGAAGCGCUCUAUGGAAGGCUCCCCAUGGCGACUUAUCUAUACUCAUCAAGAGCAUUCUCACGAGCCAUCCUGA